AUGUCUAUACAGCACAGCCUGCAGAAUCCUAAAAGACGACUCCUCAUAGCCACCAUCGUCGGUUUUGUUUUAUACUGCGUUCUUACCUUCGCAAGUAUUCAUAAGGCUUCGACAGCUGUCGUCCAAUAUACGCCGGAACCUGGUGUCCGUCGGAUCACAAAGGUCUCCAUGUUAUAUGGAAAGCCUAACACUUUUUACCAACGGGCUCUACAGACCCAUCGAGGGCAUGCACGUCGAUGGGGCUACAGGAUGGAGGUACUGACCCACGAUAUCGCUGUAGGUUACUGGAACAAGCCAAGUUACCUACUGUCGCUGGUCAUUCAGGAACUGGCUAAGCCUGCAUCAGAACGCACAGAAUGGUUGAUGUGGGUGGACGCAGACUCCAUCAUAUUGAAUCCCGCAAUUCCCGCAGAAACUUUCCUCCCACCGUUCGAUCUGGACAAUGUCCAUGUCGUAGCGUCCAAGGAUCAGAAUGGCCUGAACACAGGCAUAUUCUUCCUCCAUGUGCACCCGUGGAGCGUUGAUAUGCUGGUGGAGGCGAUCGCACUUCCACUCUAUCAGCCCGACAUCGAUCUCGGCACAAACCCGGACCAGCUAGCCAUGGCGCUCGUAUUUAACCAAAUUGACGGAGGUCCAUCUGGUCACGGAUACAAGGACGGCGUCGUCUAUCUGCCUAGGCCUUGGAUCAACGCAUACGAAUGGAGCCAUGCCUAUGAAGGGAAGAAGGGCGAUAUGUUGGUGCACUUUCCGGGCAUGCAAGAAGAGCGAUGGACGCACAUGUCGAACUGGCUGGAUAUUGUGGAGAUGACGCCACAGAAGUGGGAAGUGCCAUUCGAAGAGACUGAGUAUCCAAACAGGACGAACCAGUUCUGGGCGCAGUACCGCACAUCCAGAGACGUCGCUUUGCGAGUUGAAAAAGCUCUCGAUGAGCAACCGUCUAACGCGGCAGAGUCGACUAGGACUGCCAUUUCGUCUCUCUGGAAAGCGCUUCAAGAGGAAGCAGAUAACUCUCAUGUAGUCCGGCAGCGACUAGAGUCCCUCGAGGAGGCAGCCAAACUAGAUCAAGUGCUGUCGAACAGUUGA